AGAGACUGUGCGAAAGAUGAUGAUUUAGUUUGUUCCGUCUAUUUUGUGACGUGUAAACGUGUGUUGUGUUUGUUUCGUAUUCAUUGUCGAAUUUGUCUCACGUACGAUUUUUUCCGCGAGUUUUCUCCCGGGAUUCGCCAAUUCGAGGUAUACAUACAAUGUUUCCGCCGCGGACAAUCAAUAUAUAAAAUGAAAUAAAAUCUGAACGUUCAUUCAGAAAUGAAAUCCUGAGAGAACGGAAUUUAUUACCAUGAUGGAACCACCACUUACCAGCAAGGUUCUCCGGGCCCCUAAUUUAAAGAGAGGUCAAGAGAACGUUAGGAUACAGAAUAGAAUCAAAUUAGAACGAGUCCUGGGAGUAACUGUAUCCAGCAAUGCAGCCCUUGAUUGUGACGUCACACUUGACCUGGUCGCUUAUCCAGCUGGCUGCACCGUCGUGCUAUUCAAUCCACGGAGGAACACUCAGGCACACGUGUUGAACGCUUGUCGCAAAACCGUAACUUCUCUGGCCCUCGCCGGCGAUGGCAAGCUUCUGGCCACGGGAGAAUGUGGUCACAUGCCAAACGUUCGUGUCUGGGACAUCUCCGAUCCGCAUAAUGCCGUGCAGAUCGCGGAAUUUCCCGGACACAAAUAUGGCAUCAAUUGCGUGGCAUUUUCGCCGAGCAACAAGUAUGUUGUAUCGGUCGGCUCGCAGCACGACAUGAUCGUCAACGUCUGGGAUUGGAGGAACAAUAUUAAAGUGGCCUCUAACAAAGUUUCGAGCAAGGUCAAGGCUGUCUGCUUCGCGGAAAACGGCAACUAUUUUGUUACCGUGGGUAACAGACACGUCAAGUUUUGGUACUUGGAAUAUUCUCGCAGUGCCAAGUAUAAGGAACCUGUGCCUUUGAUGGGCCGAUCUGCCAUAUUAGGGGAACAAAGAAACAACGACUUCGUCGAUGUAGCUUGCGGCAAGGGGGAAAUGGCUGAUUCCACAUAUGUGAUUACCAAAACAGGCCUGUUGUGCGAAUUUAAUAAUAGGAGACUUUUGGAUAAAUGGGUCGAACUCCGAACAAGCAGUGCCAAUUGCAUGACCGUCGGAGAUAAAUAUAUUUUUAUCGGAUGCGCUGAAGGAAUUGUAAGGUGUUUCAGUCCUAGCACUCUUCAAUUUAUCACUACACUACCGCGGACGCAUUAUUUGGGGGUCGAUGUCGCGCAAGGAUUAUCCAUCAGUCAUAUGUCCCAACAUCCACCGAACGCGAGGUAUCCGGAUACAAUUGCGCUGGCAUUCGACGAACGAAACAACAAGCUGACCUGCAUCUACAACGACCAUAGUAUCUACGUUUGGGACGUGAGAGACAUUAGGCGGGUCGGCAAGUCACAUUCAUUUUUAUACCAUUCGGCCUGCAUUUGGGGUGUCGAAAUGUAUCCAAUCGGCCCAGAAUCUGUCGGCGCGAUGCCUCUUGGGAGUUUCAUCACUUGCUCCAGCGAUGACACAAUAAGAAUUUGGAAUCUGGAGAAAGAUAUCUCGCCAAACGAUACAUUGUAUAAGCGAAACAUUUACAGCAACGAAUUACUCAAAGUCUUGUAUGUGGAUCCAGAAUUGACUUAUCUGAAGGAUCUGGAUUUAGCUGCCGCAGGAUCCACCGAAAAAAGUGACGCGUCUUAUGAUGGUCGUAAUGGAGUAAGAUCUAUAAGAGUCAGUCCUGACGGUAAACAUCUUGCCUCCGGAGAUAGAUCCGGCAACAUCAGAAUUCAUGAUGUACCUUCGUUAGAAGAACAGUGUUUAAUAGAGGCGCAUGAUGCCGAGGUGCUGUGCUUAGAGUAUUCGAAAUUUUCGCAACACUCGGUGAAUGCUUCCAGAUUAUUGGCAAGUGCGUCGCGAGAUCGGUUAAUUCACGUUUUUAGCGUGGAUCAGGGAUACAAUUUCUUACAAACGCUCGACGAUCACAGUUCGUCCAUCACCGCAGUCAGAUUCUUCAAUCAAUCAAAUCAGGAUAAUCAAAUCCAGAUGGUAUCCUGCGGCGCAGAUAAGAGUAUUAUUUUCAGACAGCUGCAAUCGACAGGUGGAAAUCCACAAUUCGCGAGAGAUCACAACGCUCAGGGAAAAACUACUCUGUACGACAUGGAAGUUGAUUCCGGACAGAAGCAUGUCUUAACCGCGUGUCAAGAUAGAAAUAUUAGGGUUUACAAUGUUGCUACGGGUAAACACAAUAAAACUUUCAAAGGCUCCGUCAGCGACGAUGGUUCACUGAUCAAAGUCGUUCUAGAUGCGUCCGGUAUUUACGUGGCUACCUCAUGUACAGAUAAGACACUUUGUGUAUACGAUUAUUACAGCGGCGAGUGUAUGGCCACUAUGGUGGGUCAUUCGGAGCUGGUGACAGGUUUGCGAUUCAGUCCUGACUGUCGACACCUCGUAUCUGCGAGUGGCGAUGGUUGCGUGUUCGUAUGGCGCGUUCCACACGAUAUGGUUGUGACCAUGCAAGCUCGUCUGGCUCAACAGGCGAUGCGUGCCGGCAAGAGACCGCCUCAGGUCAACGUUGCCAAUAUCGACGUGCAGUUGGACAAUGAUACUUUCGGAUCACCUUCACCGGACUUUCUCGACCCCAAUGCGAAUCCGACGCCUCAAGGGAUCGGCUUGGAUUACAGAUUUAGCGUGGGUCAGCUGCCGCUAUGGGCGAAGAAACAAAUAAAUACAAGCGCCGAUGAGCAAGGUGCGGCGCACGACCUGAAUGUCAGGUCCCUCAAUGUCGAUUUGCCUAAAGGGAGAUGGGCGCAGAGAGUCCAACAGACGGACGGUAUCACGGUAAAGUCCGUCUACGACAGCGAUGAAGUUAUACCAUUUCCUCCGUCACGUGCAAUUGAUUCGGAUGGCGGUGGCGGUGGCGUUGAUUCGAAAGACAGCUCCAUCGACAGCGGCACCGAGACAAAAUACAGCAGCGAAUAUCGCCAAGAAAUAGCAGCUAAAAAGGGAGAGGAAAGAAACGUAUUUCAGCCUUGUCCUGAAAGUUAUAAAGAGAUAGAAAAUGAAACAAAACAGAUAAUCGAUGAUAAGGUAACAAUAAGAAACAGUAUGACGGAAUUAACACGUCAGUCAAGGAGUCGUCAUCACACCGACGAUAGCAGUCUUGGCAGCUUUAAAUUUGAGGAUCAUGAGAGCACUGAACAUGAUGGAGAUGUUGAAGAUUACUCCGAAGGGGAAAAUGGAACGACUGGUUCUGAGAAAUCGCAUCACAGAUUAAUAUAUUAUCCUCCAUCGGAAGAUAUUAUAUCAAAUCAAUUCACCGUUAACGCAAUAGAUGUUGAGGAACUUCGAAGAUCGCAAAGGCGACAGAAAAGAUUAAAGAACGCGGAAAAUAGGACGAGCGAAUUGACCGCGUCCGGAAGUCAGGAUGAGUCUGACUCGGAAGGUGGUGCAUCGACUCCCAGCGCCGAGAGAAAUCCUCUAUCCAUAUUGUCCGAGGCCAGCUCGGAAGGUUUCGAUCAGCUCGCUAAGCAGAAUCAUAGGGAAAAAUAUCUGAAGAACGCCUUUGAGUCGCUUAGCGGAGCGGAGGAGCCUCUAAAUCGUGUAAAAACCACGAGCAUCAGUUCCCAAUUUCACGGAAGACUUAGUGGCGGUGAAGGCAGCACUACGAUGCGUAAUGCAACGAUAGUUAACGCGACCAAACGAGGCGAUGUCGACGUGGUAAAGAAACGAGAAGAGUUGCAAAGGAGGAUAGAAGAAACUAGAAAAAAAUUGCAGAGCGUCGGCUACAGAUCGUCCUUGAAAUCCAGCCAAAGCAUAUCCGAUCUGACCAGCCAUAUCCAAACGAAGCAUCAUCGUUCGCGGCUCAGCACAGGUAACAAAUUCGGUCAAAAGAAUCAGUAUUCAAAACCGACUAACUCCUGCAAACCCAUACUAACUCCAAAAUCCACACUUAAACCCCAACAACUUACUAACAAGGUUCAAGGUAUGGGGAAUGCAUUAUCUAAAUUAGAGGUACCAAAUGAAAACUACUUGUCGAGAAGUCAGACUAUGUUGUAUAUCAAUGAGAAAGCGAAACCAAGUUUUAGCCGUCCGUUGACCUUGACGUUAAAGAAAACUGAAAAGUACAAGUUGUCCUUGAACAAGGCUAAUCAAUCCUUGCCCGAGUCUCCCGUAUGCGAGGAACUGAAAUUGCUGAAGGAGCAAUGCAAGAACACCAUGUCUCGGUUCGCGCGAUUCGCCCAGAAGAGAAGAUCCUGCAGCUACUUCAUCGGCCUGAACGAGGAUAUGGAGAACGUCGCGAAGUCCGUCGAAAGUUUACCGGCCAUGAACGAGCGUAAUAACGUGGAGAGUCUCAAGGAGACGCUGGAGAACGAUGCUGAAGAAAACGGGAAUUUCAGUGACGACUCCUUGGAGGGUGACUUCAAGAAUCCACCUCGCCGCUGCGUCAGCGACUACCAAAUAAACGUUCACAUGAACGACUAUAGAAAUUAUUCGAAUUAUCAGAACUUCCAAAGAAGAAUCUCCACGGGUUCUCAGGAGAGCAUUCUUUCAGACGCCUCCAUCGAGUCGUUCUCCAAGGAAAGCGCCGAAAUCGAUUACAAUCAUUACGAUCACGACAGACACUCGAGCGCGAGCUUCUUCUUGUCUCAGCGGAAGAUGCAGGCUGGCAGAAGCCAGGAGAGCAUUCUCACCGACGAAUCGGACUACCAGAUGUUCCCGUUACGCGAAAACAACGCCGUUCACCAAAGCACCGAGAGCGUACUAACCGAUGACUCGGAUUCUCAGGUGAAAUCCGCGCCUCUGGAGAUGUUGUUCGACUCGCAUUACAAACGGAAGAGGCAGAACUCGGAGACCUACAGCGAGAACCCCGAAAAUUACGCUGCGAGAGCUGUUACAAAAGACAAUGCUCAAGGCUCCGUCGACGAGGACGCAUCGCAUCGAACGGUGUUCAGAUCCAAGUCCUUGCAGGACACCAGAAUCAACAGAGCAACGAGGAACGACAUGAGUUUCCUAGAAAGCAAAGCGUCGCCGGAGACUCGAAUUUUCUACGAAUUUAACUUCGACGACGAACGACAGAGGAACGUCGAGCCGGCGAUAUACGGCGCGUUGGACGCGAUCUCGUGCAACAGCGGCUCGAAGGUGCUGGAAGGGACGAAGCCGGAAGCGACGAUGAACAAUUUCGUCGCCCACAAACCGCCGAAACCCAAGAGAAAUUUACCCCGCACUCAGAGCAUGCGCAACAGAAUGAAACCGAACUGGAAGUGCGUCGACGUGACGCAGCCCUUGUCAUCUUCAGCGAAAAGCUCGGCGGACCCCGAGAAUUACGCGGCCUCUUCCAUCAUGACCUCGUCCUACUCGGAGUACCGACUCGCGCGAAGCAAUUCGGACAUUAAACGAGAUCCGAUCAACGCGGAAGCGAUGGAGCAAGCUUUGCAGCCCGCGCAGGACUCGGACAAGGACGGCAGACACAAGUUUUACAGCUUGCAGGCUCAUUGCGCCGACCCUUCGCGUUUGAUGAAGAGCCAUUAUCUGGGAAAGAUUCAUCACGACACGAUGGAGAAGCCGGGCGGGUCUUCUUCCGACAAGGAGCGAAGCUGCUUCGAGAAUGAAAUCCCGACGAAAGACACGGAGACCUACGACUCUUUGGAGUCCGGCGGAGCCUUCUGCGACUCGAAAGCUAAAGGCUUGAAUUUACAGUCCGACAAACGAGUCGGCGACCUUGGCGCGAGCAUGGACGUCAGAAUAACUCGCGCCAUCGAGGGCACCGUGAAGCUGCUCUCGAAGGAGUUCGAGAACUUGGUGAGGCAGAAGCAGUACUUCGUAAAGGAGAAGUGCUCGAGGUCGUCGGCGCAACGUCAGACCAGAAGCGAGAACUUCGCUAAAUUGAAGGCCGAACGGGAGAGCAAGUUUUGCUUUCACAAACGCGACGCGAAUGUGCAUUCGUGCGGCGAUGAGUGCGACUGCGUCGACGUCUUGUCGACGAUGGACAGAUCGCUGAUGGAAAGCGGCUCCUCCACGUCCGCCUCGAGUUGCACCAAUUCACCGAAGAGAAUGUGGCCGCCCGCGUCGCGAUGCCAGAGUCACAUGAGGUGGACGAAAACUCUGCCGACGAUCAAUCAAGCGAUUCUCCCUAUGAAACAUCCUUACGCAGUUUCAGGAAAAUUAGGGAGUAAAAACAUAAGUGCAACAUCAAGAACAGGUUCUGGAAGUGCCAAUCUUAGCAGUCAAUCCAAACAUGUUUCAGGAAAAUCAUAUAUAAUAAGAAGUAGCAGCGUUGGUGUUUUAAACCAAAGCGAUUCAGAAUCAGACGCUGGUAUAUCAGGGGGAAAUAAUAGAGGAUGGAAUAGUCAGUCCAGCAGCAGCAGAAUCAGCGGUUUAAUGAGGCCAACAAUCAGUUCUCAGAACAAAAUCAAUCAUCAAAAUAAAUCAAGCUCCUCUGGCAGCAAUGCUUCGUCAAUUUUAAGAAGACGGGGAAUGCAAGGAGCUUUCUCAACCAUUAAUCUAAGUCAAGUAGGAAAUCAAGAAGACUCGAGUUCAGAAGAUACUUCUUCGAAUGGACAUGGAGGAAAACCAGCAUUGCCACCAAGACCUAGAAGUAUUAGUAUUGAUCAUUCUUCUGCUAGUUUAAGUUUACCCAGCACAACAAUGAGAAGGUCUGGCUCGACAAUUAUAAAUGGUCGAAGUGGUGCUAAUAUUAUCGAGCAAAAUGGAAGCAAGAUAUCUGCGACAAAUAGAAAUCAGCUGGAACCUAGUCCACAUGAGUUACCAGUCAAAGAUACGGAUCGUACUAUUGAUGUAGCUAGUGCCGAAUUAGGCAUGGAUAAAGCAUUAGUGUCCACACAAUUAUGCAACACGAUCGCGGACGAGCUCAUGCGAACCGCGGACAAUGUUGUGCAGCUGUACAAACGUCUGACGAUAAACAACGACGAUGACCCCUCCGCGGAAGCGAUCGACAAGGAUACGAUGCUACGAGGAUUAGAAUCGUCCGUGAACGAGACCAUGCGUACCCUGAGAUUGGUCAUUACCGGUAACGAGAGUCACGACGAAAACAGCAAGAGUAUCAUCACCAACGAGGCGACCGCGAAGUUUCAAGAACUGCUCGCGGGUCAGGAUCAGGGCAAGAUAGUUAAUAUGAUGCAGCAGUAUUCCGAAAUACUUUUGACCAUGAUGCAGCAGCGGAUGGGAGAGACUCAACCGGGUCAUACAUAAAAUCCGUCCAUUGAUAUGAGAGGAAUACGAAUCAUUUUCAUAUUUAAUUGUAUUGGCAUAUCAGAGAUGAAGAAUGCAAAGAAUGUGUCUCGUGGCAAUCUCCUUUUGAACAUUGUAUUCUUGAGAAUUCUCCAAUUUUUUGAUUCAAAAAUUUAAAUAUGUUUUAAAAGUGAAAAAAGAAAUACGAUCUCGCAAAAAAAAACUUAUCAUAUGCUUAUCAUAAUCGCAUGAAAAUUUUAUUGCUGGUUCGCGCUUUUGCGAUUAAUUCGUUCUUUAAGGCUUCUGGAAUUGUGACAUCAGAGGCGAGAAAACAAACGCUAAAAAUUCUUAGAUGCCAUUUCGAAAUAAAAAGAUAUUUCGAUGAAUAUCGCAAACACUAUCCUUUUGCCUUUAUAAUCAAUUAACAGCUGUAAAAUGAUAAUAUCAGUAGCUAACAGA